GACCACUGUUUUGGCAGUUUGAGCUGUAAGGCGGAAGGAAGGAGAAAAGAGAUCCUCUCGUUUUGGAAGCGGAAUGGCGUCGCCAAUUUGUUCAUCAGUCACCAUUGGCGGAUCCGACUCUUGCACUGAGGACAGCAACAGUGAUGUCUCUCCGGACAUUGAUGUCGACAUCGACCAGCAUAGCUGUUCUUCUUCGAGCAAAUCCUUCAGCUCGAAGAAGAAGACAAGAGGUCGGGUGAAGAUCGGAAUAAAACUCAUCGAUCAGAAGCAGAAGCGCAGCGCCACGUUUCACAAGCGAAAGAGUGGAUUGAUGAAGAAGGGCUUUGAGUUGAGUGUACUAACCGGAGCUGAGGUGUUAGUGCUGGCAGCAUGGGGCGACUCCGUCUUCUCCUACAGUACAAAGAAACUGCAGCGUGUUCUGACGUCACAGACCGGUCAGGAGCUGAUACAUCACUGUUUGAAGACACCCGUCGACGACGUGGCCGAGGAGGAGGUGGCCCUGCGCUGGAAUCCAGAGGGUUACAUCGUCAGAGAGUUGACCAUACCGAAGGGCGAAAAACGAAAGCGACAGGCAAACGAUUCUGAUUCCUCAGAGCCUAGUUCAAAGCGUGAAGUUGGUGGUCCAUCUAAGUCUUUCGGGGCACCAUCAAUUAUGCAUCAUCAGAACUCCAGUCACCUGGAAGGAAAAUUGCACAGUCAGCUGAUGCAGCCAUCGUUCCCGAGUCUGGAAAUGUCCCCGGUGGUGCUACACGGUCUCAAUCCAAAUGCCACUGUCAUGAGUGUGGCCAACGGACAAACAACCUCAUCUGCAAGCCUUCACCAGCAGCAACAGCAACAGCAGCAGCAACUACAGCAGCAGCACAGACAGCAACAGCUACUAUUGCAACAGCAGCUCAUGCAGCAACAAGAGCAACAGCAACAGCAGCAACAACAACAGCCACAACAGCAGCAGCAAGGGCACCAGCAGCUUCAGAAGUUGCAUCAGCAGCUUCAGCAGACUCCCAAGCAACCCCUGAAGCAGGAGGAACAGAAUUACCAACAAAAUCAAGAUGUGCUCUCCAAGUCUCCCAAUGACAAUCACCAGUCUACGCCCAGUUCUACUGCAUCCACAAGCAUCAGUGCACUUGACUCUCAUCCUGCGCGGCCCACUAUGAUACCACUAGCUGGAGACACCAUGAGCAGCUCGUAUCUUGUGCCACAAGCCAGAUCCAGUGCCUUGGGCCAGCAGUCGCAAACACAGCAGCAAGUGACGGCACAGCAGCAGCAGGCAUUAGGCUCCAUGCUGUCGCCGUCAUUGUCGCAGCUAUCGGCUUUUCCAUCCUCACAGUACUUGACUGGUGACACCACACUGGCCACAUCGCUUGCACAGCGUGACGAUCCCAAUAGCAACAUGCCCGUCAUUCUCCAACCGCAGAAUCAUACGUUUGUCUCCGGUCAACCGGUCGGCGCAGGCAAUAACGCACAGUAUGUCAAGUCCAAUCUGCUCAACAGCCUUGCAAUGUUCAGUGCCUACCAGCCACAGCCAGCUAAUCGCUUCGUUUACGUCCAGCAACCACAGCAACUUCAGCAACAACAGCAGCAAAAAGCACAGCAGCAGCCAUCACCAGUGAAGCAAACACAGCAACAGCAGCCACAGCUGAACCCAACUUCUGGGCUUUCACCUUUGACCAAACCCAAUACCACUACAAUUGAGCAUGUCCAAGUUGCUUCGCCGCCAAACAAGGUACUGGAUCAAGCGAUAUCUGCAGGCUCGACUACGAUCCACAACGAGAAUGGCUUCCCUCCUAUGAUCCCAGCCAUUGGUGUGUGAGCACUGCUGCAUGUGUUUGACUGGUUGUUGCAAAGGGCUGUGCUGAGAAGUGAUGUGUCACUCAACCAAUGCUGCGCCGCUCUAGCAAUGCUACUCGCCUCUAGCAAUGCUACUCGGGUCUAGUAAUGCUACUCGCCUCUAGCAAUGCUACUCGGCUCUAGCAAUGCAGUUGGUGUACCCAGCUGCAUGAUGUUACUCCCUUUCGUCUCUUGACUUUCUUGCGUGUGUGCGUGAGUGUAUGCACUCAUGUCUGUAGGCAUUUGCACUGCCAUUGACAAAUGCAUGUAUGUAUUUAUGUAUGUAUGUGUGGACACCGUAUUACGUUGUGUAUUCUCCCUCUCCUCACUUCACUGCUCCUGUCCUCACCUAGUCACAAGUCAACAUCUUGCCCCCCCCCCUCUCCACCCCCCU